AAUGCUCUCGCCGCGCUCCCCGCACCGCGCCACUCUAGCGGCAACGGUGCAGACAGCACCCUUUCCGGCGACAGUGGGUACCGCGCCUCCUAUGUCGUCCUACUCAGAGACUUCGGACUCGGAGGUGGACUCGUACCGCUCUAACAGAUCGAGGAGUAGGCAAUCAUCGUCGCAUACGAGUACCCAACCGUACCCACCGCAAUGGCAGCAGCAGUGGCAACCGCCCCCCCAGUGGCUGUUCUGGACGCUGUGGGCCUACCACCAGUCAGUGGGUCAGGCGUAUGGACCCCGCUCACGAGCCGCAUCUGUCUGUUCGACGUUGGCGGCCCUGCCGCUAAUGCCACCACCACUGGCACCGCCGUCUGACAGGAGUGUGCCACAAAGGGACACGGCACCGCCCAGCCAAACAACGGCACCGACAGGGACCUUGCUCCCAACGCUGCAAGCACCGACCAGCACGCCUCGUCGCUCGGUAUCGACCCCGGUAAUGGCCGCGGUGCCACAUCCUGAGCCCGCACCGCCGCGCAGCCUGAGUACCGUGUGCCGCAGGCCCUUGUAGCGGGAGAGGGGGUAGAUGAAGGCCCUCUUCAGGGGAUCUCUUCCUCCUCGUCUCCGGAUGAGGCAGUAGCGGGAACUUCAGCGGCACCGGCCCUAGAGGACAAUAGAGUCCUCCAACAGCUGCUUACUCGAGUAGCCCAAAGCCUCUCGAUCCAGACUGAGGAGAUUGAGGUGGAUACAGAUCCGGUGGUGGACAUCCUGACCCCGUCGGGCCCGUCCAGGGUAGCCCUACCUCUCAUAAAGACCAUUACGGACACAACCCACACCUUGUGGCAAACUCCAGCCUCAUUGGCCCCUACGGCUAAAAGGACUGAGAGGCGAUAUUUUGUUCCAUCCAAGGGCUAUGAACAUCUUUAUACAUACCCUCCCCCGGACUCCCUAGUGGUAGAUGCGGCCAACCAGAGGGAACGCCAAGGGUUUCAGAGAGCUACCCCCAAAAAUAGAGAGGCCAAAAAGUUGGACCUGUUCGGGAGCAAGGUAUAUUCAACAGGGGGCCUGCAGUUGCGCAUUGCCAAUCAGCAAGCCAUAGUGAGCCGGUAUGGACAUAACACGUGCUCGGCUUUGUCUAGGUUCGCGGACCUCCUUCCACAGGAGACGCGAACCGAGUUUUCAGCCCUGGUUGAAGAGGGGAGAUUGAUUACCCAGGCUUCCCUCCAGGCGGCCUUGGACGAGGCCGCUUCAGCCUCACGCACGUUGGCGACUAGUCUGGUCAUGAGGCGCGGCGCCUGGCUUCAAGUUUCCGGCCUCCCUCAUGAGGUCCAACAAACGAUCCAAGACCUCCCCUUCGAAGGGCCCACGCUUUUCUCAGAGAAGACUGAUAAGAGGCUUCAUAGCCUAAAGGAUUGACGGACCACCCACCGUUCAUUGGGCCUACACACCCCGGUCACCCAGCAUAGGCAGUUCAGGCCACCACAGGCCCCACGGCCGUACCAGCCUCAAAAUUGAGGGGAUGCCUUGCGCAGAAGGGCAAGGACGGGCAGGAGAAGGCAACAACCGCCGCCCUUCGGCCAGUCAUCUGCCCAACCAAGGCCUACACAGGGGUCUAGAUCACCAUUUUGAUGGCUUGGUCGAGGACGACCUCCCAGUCAGAACCCUGGAUCCGUCCAACCUUACCUUCUCGUCACGUCUGUCCCCCUUCUAUCGUGCAUGGGCCCGGAUCACAUCGGACGCUUGGGUGCUUCGCACGGUAGAGAGGGGAUAUUCUAUCCAGUUCUCCCUCCCGCCCCACCAGCCCCCCUCCCUGUCCCUCUUCAGGGACCUCUCUCACGAGCAACUUCUCCUUCAAGAAGUUCAGUUCCUCCUUGCGUCCGGGGCAGUAGAGGAGGUUCCUCAGGAGCUACGGGGCAGGGGCUUCUACUCUCACUAUUUCCUAAUACCGAAAGCGAAAGGGGGCCUCAGACCUAUUCUGGACUUGCGGCGGCUCAACAAGUUUGUAAAGAAGCUCAAGUUCCGCAUGGUCUCCCUGUCCUCCAUCAUUCCUUCCAUGGAUCCAGGAGACUGGUAUGCCGCCCUCGACUUAAAGGACACAUACUUUCACAUUGCAAUAAUCCCUCAGCACAGGCGUUACCUCAGGUUUCUCGUGGGCAAUGCUUAUCUACAAUUUACGGUUCUGCCCUUUGGUCUGUCAGCAGCCCCAAGGGUCUUCACGAAGUGCAUGGCAGUCGUGGCAGCCUUCCUGUGCAGGCAGGGGAUUCAGGUAUUUCCCUACCUGGACGAUUGGCUCAUCAAGGGCAGGACCAAGGCGCAGGUGGAGGCUCAGGUGGUCUUUACCAGGCAGACCUUCCUCGAGCUCGGCCUCUUACUCAACGAGGCCAAGUCCACACUAUCUCCAACCCCAAAAAUCGAAUUCAUAGGGGCAGUUCUGGACUCGACACACGCCAGGGCAUAGCUCCCAGAGGCCAGAUUCCAGACUAUGUUCAACAUUAUCCUCGGCCUCCAACGUUACCUGACCACCACAGCAAGAAACUGCCUCAAAUUACUAGGGCACAUGGCGGCAUGUAUCUACGUGGUGAGACACGCCAGACUCAGACUGCGCCCACUCCAGUCCUGGUUGGCAGGGGUUUAUCGGCCAGUCAGGGACUCCCUAGAAUUAGUGGUGACGUUACCUCGGCCGGUGUUGGACUCCCUUCAAUGGCGGCUCGACCGCGGGAGGUCCGCACGGGAGUGCCUUUCCUUGACCCCGAGCCCUCCCUAUCCCUGGUAAUAGAUGCAUCGGAUCGGGGAUUGGGUGCACAUCUGGGCGGCCUCAGAACCCAAGGCCUUUGGUCACGAGAGGAUCUUUCAUUGCACAUCAAUGUCAGGGAAUUACGAGCAGUGCGCCUCGCAUGCAUAGCCUUCAAAUCCCAGCUGGCAGGCAGGUGCGUUUCGGUCCUCACGGACAACACUCCAGUGAUGUUCUAUAUCAACAAACAGGGUGGUGCUCGCUCCUCUCCCCUGUGCCGGGAGGCCCUCGCGUUAUGGGACUUUUGCGUAAAGAACGUAAUUCACCUGACAGCAUCCUACCUCCCGGGGACGCACAACGGGCUUGCGGACGCCCUCAGCCGCUCGUUCCAGGGUCACAAGUGGUCUAUCCGCUGGGAUAUAGUACUCUCAAUUUUCCGGCUCUGGGGUCAUCCCCAGGUGGACCUGUUUGCCUCCACCGAGAACAUGAAGUGUCGUCAAUUCUGCUUCCUCAUGGGACGCAGUCCGGGGUCUCUAACGGAUGCCUUUCUCCUCUCUUGGGCAGACGGGCUAUUUUACGCCUUUCCCCCCGAUUCCCAUGUUUCACAGAGUAAUCCUCAAGGCCCGCAGAGAUCAUGCUUGGCUCAUCCUGAUAGCGCCUGCGUGGCCGCGCCAGCACUGGUACACGUCUCUCCUGCACAUGUCUAUGCGGGUGCCCCUCAGGUUGUCCCUGCUACCAGACUUGAUCACACAGGAUCACGGUCACCUCCUUCACCCGAACCUGGAGUCACUCCACCUUACAGCCUGGAUGCUCCAUGGCUAAACCCCGUGGAGAUGCAAUGCUCUCAUCAGGUCAGGCAGGUCCUUCUUGGCAGCAGGAAGCCUUCAACAAGGACCACGUACUCGGCCAAGUGGAAGCGCUUCUCGCUUUGGGCCACACAACGGGGUCAUGCUCUCCCCGAUCCCCCUUAUCCUGGACUAUUUACUAUAUCUCAGACACCUGGGACUGACUCUCUCUUCGGUUCGAGUACACCUUGCUGCCGUCUCAGCGUUCCACCCUGGAGCGGGGGGUACUUCAGUGUUUGCAAAAACGCUUGUUGGUCGCUUCCUCAAGGGCCUUGACAGGUUGUUCCUGCACAUUCGUCAACCCAUCCCUGCUUGGGACCUCAAUUUAGUCCUGUCCGUCCUCACAGGCCCCCCCUUCGAGCCGCUGGCUUCGUGUUCGCUGUUAUAUCUUUCAUAUAAGGUCGCGUUCUUGGUGGCUAUCACAUCAGCCCGGAGAGUGUCGGAACUCAGAGCUCUAACAUCUGAACCUCCAUACACCAUCUUCCACGAGGACAAGGUCCAACUCAGGCCGCACCCAGCGUUCCUCCCUAAAGUGGUUUCCCCAUUUCACAUGGGUCAAGACAUUUUUCUCCCGGUGUUUUAUCUGAAACCGCACUCCUCGGCGAAGGAGUGUAGGCUGCAUUCCCUGGACGUUCGCAGGGCUCUCGCGUUCUAUAUUGAAAGGACAAGAUCCUUCAGGAAAUCAACCCAACUUUUUGACGCCGUGGCCGACAGGAUGAAAGGGCUCCCGGUCUUGUCACAGUGAAUCUCGGCUUGGAUCAGAACCUGCAUCUGGGAGUGCUACAGUCGGGCCAAUAUACCAGCCCUGCCUAUCACGGCCCACUCCACAAGAGCGCAGGCCUCUUCCGCUGCGUUCCUGGUUCAGGUCCUGACGCAGGAAAUUUGUAGAGCGGCCACCUGGUCCUCAAUCCACACCUUUACAGCGCACUACGCACUAGGCCAGAGAUGAUGCUGCCUUUGGCCAUGCAGUACUCCAGUCUGCAGUGACCUCCGAUCCCACCGCCUAGAUUCGGGCUUGUGAGUCACCUGCUUGGAAUGGACAUGAACAAUCACUCGAAGAAGAAAAAAUGGUUACUCACCUUCU